GAUGUUUAAUCAGAUUAGAGAGUUUUGCACAGUUAAAUCACCUUUUCCACCUGGCGGUGUUGAUUCAGGGAGCAAAAACCAUCAGUUUCUUAGAAUUUGUUGCUCUUACAACUUAAUUCUAUAAUAAUGUAAGCCCAAUUCAUUACUUCAACCCAUGUGCAAGCCCAUGUUCUUUCACAAAUCAAUCACAACAGCUGAUCGUGCGAGGCGACUGUGUAUGGCAUUUGCACACAGCAUCAUGUGAAGAUCCCCCUCCCUUCGACCUCCUCCUCCUUCUUCUUCCCUUUCCUUAAAUAUUUGGUCCCAGUCUCUGCAUGUUUUCACGUGUCCUGCUGCCAUCCCCAUUGCCGUCUAAUGACAGCAUCAUCUCCAUCAGCUACUGCAUAGGAUUCUAAGGACCCAACAAAAAUAAUACAUACUCGUUUAUAAAGCAUCCUUUUCCAACCCGCCUACCCUUGUUGGUUGUUUCCCUCACUUCCAUGCCUGGCAACUGGAUCCCACUUUUUUUCCCACACUGAUUGGACAGUGACUUCACUUGCCACCAAAAGGGUGUGGUGAGUUAUCUUCUCUCCCAUGAUAGGACAAAAUCAUUGAUAAAUGAGAGAGAGAAAGAGAGAUCAGAUAGAGAGAGAAAGGGCAUUGAUGUUUUUGUAGUCUUUGUUUUGUUUUUGCAGCAACUUUGAGCCCCCAAUUUUUACAGUGUGACCAAACCAAAAGCCCAGAAAGACACAAAAACACAAGACACACUUCACUCAUAAACACAAGAAAAAAAAAUGUUUGAUGGAGUACCAGACCAGUUUCACCAAUUCAUAGCCUCAACAGCAGCAGCAGCAAGAACCACAACUCUCCCUCUCCCUCUCUCUUUCCCUCCUAUCCAUAAUCUUGCUUCUUCAAAUGGAUUCACUUCCUUUGACCCUUUGUUCACUUCAAACUCCCAUCAUCACCAAGUGUCCCCUCAGCUGCAGCAACCUCAUUUUUUGCACCCAUUGCACCACCAACAUCAACCAGGCCAGAAGAAUGAAGAAAAAGAAGAGAACACCAGAUUGGUUACUAUGAACAUGGAGAUUGACAGAGAGAGAUCCAUGUCUGACCCGAUUGAUAAUCAUCUUCCCUGGUCUAAUGAUGAAGUUCUUGUACUGUUGAGGAUCAGAUCUAGCAUGGAUAAUUGGUUCCCAGAAUUCACUUGGGAAAAUGUCUCAAGGAAGUUGGCAGAGCUUGGGUUCAAGAGGAGUGCAGAGAAAUGCAAAGAGAAAUUCGAAGAAGAAAGCAGAUAUUUCAACAGCAUCAGUUGUAGCAAAAACUACAGGAUUUUUAGUGAACUUGAAGAGCUUUGUCAAGGUGAGAAUCCUCCUGAUCAUCAACAUCAUCAUAGACAGCAGGUUGUUGCAGCUGAAAAGAACAAAAAGGUGGAAAAAUCAAGGGAAGAUGAAGACAAUAUUGGUCAGAAUUUGGAAGAUGAUCCAAGAAAUAUUGAUGAAUAUCAAACUUCAGCAGGAAAUAAUGCAUCAUAUCAGGAUAAUGAAAAAGUGGUUGAGAACAAAGCAAACAAUAACAAGGGCAGCAACAAGGAGAGGAAAAGACAGAAGGAAUUUGAGAUGAUCAAAGGGUUUUGUGAAGAUAUUGUGAACAAGUUGAUGACUCGACAGAAAGAGAUGCAUAACAAACUGAUUGACGAUAUGGUGAAGAGAGAUGAAGAGAAGGUUGCAAAAGAAGAAGCUUGGAAGAAACAAGAGCUGGAUAGAAUUGACCAGGAGCUUGGACUUAGAGCAAAAGAGCAAGCUGUUGAAGGUGAUAGACAGGCUACCAUAAUCAAAUUCUUAAGUGAAUUUUCAUCAGCUGGCUCCUAUAAAAAGCAAUGCUUUGGAAGGAGUAAUAUUGAAGAUCUUGUUAAGGUACCAAAUGAACAUUCAAAUCCUCCUAAUAAUUCAUCAUCUUCUUUAGUGCCAGCAGCACAAAACCCUAAUCAUAUUGUCAAUAACCAAAACAAAGUUGAUCAAGUUUCAACCAUGAUCAUUGGUCAUCAAAAUUUUGGUUCUUGUCCAACUCGAAAUAAUCAAAUCAAACCCAUCUCCAUGGCAGAAAACCAAGCCCCUCAAAACCCUAAUCUAAAAAUACCCACUUCAUCAGCACAAGCCUUAGCUCCCCAAAACCCUAAUUCUGUCAAUGCUCAAAGCAACCCAUUACCACCCACUUCACCAUUUACAGUAAACAAAGCAACCCAAAACCCUACACCCAAUGACAAAGAAGACUUUGGAAAGAGAUGGCCAAGAGAUGAAGUGUUGGCAUUGAUAAACCUGAGGUGCACUCUUUACAACAAUGGCUAUCAUGACAAGGUAGGGUCAACCAUUAAAGCUCCUUUGUGGGAAAGAAUCUCACAAGGGAUGUUAGAGUUGGGGUAUAAGAGAAGUGCAAAGAGGUGCAAAGAGAAAUGGGAGAACAUAAACAAGUACUUCAGAAAAACCAAAGAUGUUAACAAGAAGCGGUCCCUUGACUCUAGGACAUGUCCUUAUUUUCAUCAAUUAAGCACUUUGUACAAUCAAGGAACACUUAUAGCCCACCCUGAAGGGCUGGAAAACCGCUCUGCAUUACCGGAAAACCACUCGGAUUUGCCAGAAACCGGUAUCGAUUCAUCUCAAAAAGGAGCUAAGAAUUCAAGUACCAGCUUUUGAAUUGAUUGAAUUCUGAAUCACAUUACAUUUUUGUGUGUAUGCUAAACUACUAGUAUUAUUAUAGUUUUUUUUUUCAAUUUAUUUGAAGGACUAGUAUUAUUAUAGUUAAUAACAUUAGAAUUAAUAGUACUUUUUUGGGUUGAUAUUUGAUUUUUUUUUUCUUAGAGAAUCUAAUAUGAAAUUUCUUGGAGGAUAUAUAUGUUUAGACUUGUAUUGUAGUGAGCACCGACAAUCUGGGAAAUGAGGAUUUAA